UCGCUAUCAUUUCAGUUCUACAGAGCUGCCAUCUAUGAGUGGCUUUUGUAACGAAAGUUGCAGCUGUCGACCCGGCAUCUACUCCCCAGUUUGCGGUAGUGACGGGAUAACUUACGUGUCUCCCUGCGUGGCUGGCUGCACCGAAGUGUCUAUUGAUAACAAAGAGGAGUAUAUCUUCAAGGAUUGUCUCGGCCAGAACGCCACUGCCACGAAUGGCUACUGCCCCCUGGAGUGUGAGAGCUUAGUGUGGUAUAUCAUCAUUUUCUCCAUAUUCGUACUUAUUCAUUCAACAUCGGAGGUCGGCUCUAUGUUGCUAACUCUCAGAUGCGUAGAGCCUCAAGACAAAGCUCUUGCCCUAGGCCUAAUCUACUUUGCUAUUGGACUAUUCGGUAACGUCCCGUGUCCAAUAAUCUAUGGCGCUGUCGUCGAUUCGGCCUGCUUAUUUUGGGAGGAAGGUGACUGUGGCGAAAGGGGCGCAUGUCGGAUUUAUGACCCAGCAAAGUUUCGAAUGUAUUUUCACGGUAUAACGGCAGCCAUCAUGCUAGGAGCAUUCGUUGUGGACACAGUAGUUUGGUACAAAUCUGGUUCCAUCCAAUUUCAUGAAGACGAUGAUAGAAAUUCGCCCAAGGACUCCAUCCCAGCUGAUGUCAUCCGCUGCACUCAGUUUGAAACAAGUGUGUAGUACGUCUUCAAAUACAUAGAUGGCGCCUUAACUUGAGAGGACCAAUCAAUCACGAGUCAUUAAUAAUAUGGUUUCUUUUGACUGUUUGAACCUAUAUACGUAAUAUUGCUAUUUGUGAGAUAGAAAUUAUAUCAAAAUACCUCGAAAUAUUUUUCGUGAAUAUGACUAAAAUCUCAUCAGACAUGCAGAUUUUCCUAAUCGAAAGCCAACAAAGAGCUAUUUCUUGUGGCAAUUUAAAACGUUUGACGGAUGUAAAUUUAAUAUAUUUUCCUUUAAAACCAACGAGCGACAGACAGGUAGAGCCGUGAUAAAGAUUGUGUUUUACGAGCUCGUGAUGCCACUUUAAGGCUUAUUUCUUUGGACUUGUUUGUUUCAAUAUGAAAAAGUGAAAGAAAGAAAGCUGGAUUUCCCAUUCUUUUAUUAAAUGUAUCAGAAGAGACAAGAUAAAUAUGCAUUGAGAUUUGGUAGCGACAA